AUGGCCAUCCUGACGUACUUUCUCAGAGUGGGAACCGAGGUUGUGUCGUCUAGUCUGACCUUACAGUUAAUCACCAUGCUCGUCACUUUAACCGUCCUCGGACUUUCGGCUUUUGUGCUUUACUUUGGAUACCGAGUGAGAAAGUCUAAGGUAACUCGUCCUGAACAUGUCUUCACCGAGAGCUCAGCUGACCCAGAAGUGGUUAUUAUCGGCUCAGGAAUCUUAGGGUCCGCCAUGGCGACGGUCCUGGCUCGGGAUGGUCGGAGGGUGACCGUUAUCGAGCGUGACAUGAAGGAACCAGACCGUAUAGUGGGAGAGCUGUUACAGCCUGGUGGAUUCAGGGCACUGCAGCAGCUUGGACUGGAAGAUUGUGUGGAUGGCUUUGAUGCUCACUGUGUCAAGGGUUAUGUCAUCCAUGAUCUUGACUCCAGCGCAGAAGUGCAGAUCCCCUACCCUGUGGACACCAACACAACCACACCGGUCACGGGCAGGUCUUUCCAUCACGGCAGGUUUGUCAUGGCCCUGAGAAAAGCUGCUCAAAGCAGAGAAAAUAUAACAUACAUUGAGGGUGCGGCUACCAAGUUAAUAGAGGACAAUGGAGUGGUUGUUGGUGUAGAAUACAAAGACAAAGUCACGGAUAAGAAAAAGGAAGUCUACGCUCCAUUGACCGUGGUCGCUGAUGGCUGCUUCUCAAAGUUCCGCAAGUACCUGGUAAAGGAGACGGUGAGAGUGUCCUCGCACUUUGUGGGCACACUGAUGAAGAACUGCCCCCAGAGGCAAGCUAAUCAUGCAGAGCUAGUGCUAGCUGACCCCUGCCCCAUACUCGUCUAUCAGAUCUCAUCAGACUCUACACGAGUGCUCGUGGACGUGAGGGGAUCCAUGCCCCCCAACAUCAAGGAGUACUUUGUGGAACACAUUGCCCCGCAGUUGCCUGACCACAUCAGAGAGCCAUUCAUUGACAGUGUGACCAAUGGGCUGGUGCGAUCCAUGCCCAGCAGCUUUCUGCCUGCUGAUGCCUUGGAGCAGCCUGGCACCCUGAUCCUGGGUGAUGCCUUCAACAUGCGGCACCCUCUGACAGGUGGGGGGAUGAGCGUGGCCCUGAGUGACAUCAUCAUCUGGAGAGAGCUCCUGAAGCAAAUCCCCUCCCUCACAGACUACGAGGCUCUCAUCAAAGCAUCCAGGGUCUUCCAGAUUAAGAGAAAGAGCAACCAUUCGUUUGUGGUGAAUGUGCUGGCCCAGGCCCUGUAUGAACUGUUUGCAGCUAAUGAUGGGUUAUAUUUACGGUGCCUGAGAAGAGCGUGUUUCAGCUACUUUCAGCUGGGUGGAGAGUGCGUGUCAGGACCAGUAGGGCUCCUCUCUGUCCUCAGUCCCAAACCUCACAAGCUCGUGGGUCAUUUCUUCGCGGUGGCGUUGUAUGCGAUAUACAUCCUGUUUAAGUCUGAACCAUGGUGGGCUGUUCACAGAGUUGUCUACAAAUCCUUCAUGGUCUUCAAACAAGCCUGUAGUGUAAUAUUCCCCCUUAUCUGGUCAGAAGUUAAAACAUUGCUUUUGCGGUGAUCAAAAUUAGUCUUACCAAUUUACAUGUAUUUUAUAAAAGAUGUCAGUAUUUUGCAUUAUGCUCAGUUGAAUUUUACUCGUGUGAUGUUAUCUUCAAGUAGUUUGCUCUAUGCUGUAGUUGAUGUAUAAAUGUGCAUAAACUUAUGUACUCGUAUUGAAAUUGUUUUCACAGAGCUUUAAUGGGCUUUAGAAAGUUUUUAGUGUUUACCCUGUUUUGUCAGUUUUACCUGCUAAUUCCUUUUAUCCAGGUAUCUAAACUAACAGGUGUCAUAUUGAUAUCCUUGUUAGCUGAUGGAAAGUGUUAGUGUCAGAUACGUAUAUCCUUGUUUAUAAUUGUAAAAUUAUGGUGAAAGUUUUAUCUUUUUUUUCUAGGUGACAUGUUGACAAACCUUGACCUGAUACUUUUAUAAAGAUAGAGUACUGUAAGUAGUUUGAGUAAAGUUACUCUAAUUUUGAACCGUCACUUGUGUUGUAGGAGAAAAUGGUAGAUAUUAUAAAUGUAUGAAAGGUAGAUUUGACUUUUCAAACCUAGGUAUGUUGUUUUACCCUUUAAUAUUUGCCAUACAUGAACUAUAAUUUGAACUUGUAGCUCAAGAAAUAUUGAAUAUUCCUGCCAAAUACCAAAGUGUAAACUGUUGUGUAACAGAUUACCACUUAUAGUCCUGUAAAUAGACAUCUACAGGUAAAGGUGCGUUCUGUUUGUUAGGGAUAACUUAUUUUUUGUUUUUAAUGUAACAUAAUGUUUUAAUGUUCUGAAUAGGAUUUUACCACUUUUAAAAUCAUGUUUAAGACUUUAAAAAUAUAUACUUGAUAAUCACAACAUAUAUCAUCACUUUACUGCAUGCUUUAAGGGACCGCUGGUUUUUAGAUGGUUUGUUUUCUUGUUAAAUGAUCCCUCUGUACACGUACAUGAAUUUCCAUUGAUUUUCAGUACCCAGUAACCUGGGUAAAGAAAACUGAUAGUCCUCAAACAUUGUAAAUGGUGAGAUACAUGUACUUCUGGCUUUUAGUAAAUUAGUUAUUAUUUAGUUAUUAUCUUGAAGAAAAUUAUUGUAUGUUGAGAUACUUUCCGCUGUCUUGGGUUUUGUAGAAAGACCACAUGUAUUUUCAACAAAAAAUAAUCACCGUAAAGGAACAGAAAAAGAAACAAAUGAAAAGAUGACUGUCAUUGUUAGACUGUACACUUUUGAGUGUAAAUUGUUUGUUUUCUUGCUGAUAUGAGAUUAUUUCUUAUCCUCAUUAUUUAGGCAUGUAGUAGACACCAGUCUUAUGUUAUCUUCCAAAUAAUAGGUACACCUCAGAAGUAGAUCUUGUGUUUGGGUAGUAUGUAUAUUUGUCACUUAUAGGUUAGCCCUGUAGUGUUAGCGGCUUGUCAGUGUCACGUGUGAUGUGCAGCACCAGAUGUUCAAAGUCCCGGUUACCAGCUUGUCAAUGUUAAGUGUAGUGUGCAUUUUCCCAGCGUUGCUUCCACACAACGCAUAUAGGGUGCCUCCAUGGCGGUGGUUAGCGUGUAUGCGCGCGCAGUGAACUAGGAGCCUCUCAGCAAUGUGGCUGAUGUGAGUUCCAGCCCAGCUCAUGCUGGCUUCCUAGCUGAAUCCUUACAGCAACCUGCACAUGGUCGUGGGUUACCAUAACGCAAGUCACUGUCGUAGGCCUAUAAGUGAAAUAUUCUUGAGUAGGGCUUAAAACACCAAUCAAAUAAAUAAACAUUAACACAUAGCGUUUUGGAAAUCGAAAAAUCUAAUGAAACUGAUCUCAGAUCAAAGUUCCGGUGUACAUGUCGGUGUACAUAUACUUGAAGAAGGUUGCGUGUUAAGCAUGUGGACCAACCAGUAACUUAUGUCCACUAAUUUUAUAUGACCUGUAUGUCUACAAAUGUGAUAAAACAUGAAAUACAUUGUCAUUUAUAC